AUGCUUCAGCAACCGACUCGUCGCGUGCUCUCCACCCUUGCGAGGCGGCCAUACGUAUGUCCAGCAUGUCUUCGAUCUGCUAGAAGUCCUUCAUUGGCCACUUCUCCCAGCAUAAGCCGACCGCUCCUCCGUAAUCUACAAACCGAUAGCCAAGCCUUACCCCAAGAGGAUACCCCAUUUCGGAAACAGCUCAAAGAUGCAGCUAGAAAGAAGAAAAAGGAAGAUCGUGCGGCCCCGGGCUCUAAGAAAGGCUCCAAGAAGCAAUCCGACCCACGGCUAGAGAAAUGGGAAUUGACCGUCGGCGUCGAGAUCCAUGCGGAGCUCAAUACCGCCCACAAGCUCUUCUCAGGCGCAGCAACUUCAAUGAAUGACACUCCGAACACACAUGUCGCCUUAUUCGAUGUAGCCUUUCCUGGAAGUCAACCUCAUUUCCAGAAGGAGACACUCAUACCUGCAAUUCGUGCCGCCAUAGCACUCAAUUGCGAGAUCCAGCCCAGAAGCAGCUUUGAUCGAAAGCACUAUUUCUACCAAGACCAACCGUCCGGCUAUCAAAUCACCCAAUUCUACGAGCCUUUCGCAAAAGACGGACACAUCACCCUCUUUCCCCACGAUUUCCCCGGCGGGGUAUCUCCAGAAGGAGGACCGAUCACGAUCGGGAUCAAGCAGGUUCAGAUGGAACAGGAUACGGCCAAAACCAUCCAGCAGCCCCCCUCAACGCACCUCCUCGAUUUCAACCGUGUAUCGCAUCCUCUCAUCGAAAUAAUAACCCUCCCUCAAAUCCACAACCCUACCGUGGCAGCGGUAUGCGUACGAAAGAUCCAAACCAUCCUUAAGACCGUCAAUGCGUGCACCACGGGAAUGGAAAUGGGUGGCCUCCGUGCCGAUAUAAAUGUGUCUAUCCGGGAACGGAAUGUACAGCCCGGAAAGGAUAGUCUCUCAUACUCCGGUGUUACCGGCCUGGGGCAGAGGACGGAAAUAAAAAACUUGGCAAGUGUGAAGGCGGUAGAAGAUGCAAUCGUAGCCGAACGAGAUCGCCAAAUCGAUCUCCUCGAAGGAGGUGGGGUCGUCGAGGGGGAGACUCGAGGUUGGACAUUGGGCAGCAAGACCACCAAGCGGUUGAGAGGGAAGGAAGGCGAGAUCGAUUACCGGUACAUGCCUGAUCCUGACAUUGCACCUGUCGUCGUAGGAAAGGACGUCGUUGAUCAUCUCCGGUCCACGCUUCCCAUGUUAUCGGAUGAGGCUAUGCAGGUCCUCGUGGAUGUCGACCAAUAUGGCCUUACGCCCAAAGAUGCCAGUACCCUACUUGCAUUGGACGAUGGCAAUCGACUCGAGUACUACCAUGACCUUGUACUAGAUCUUCAGGGUAUGCUCUCGGAAGAAGAAGCAAAGGCAGCACGCAUUGGUAAGGUUGCUGGAAAUUGGGUAUUGAUGGAACUGGGCGCUCUUUUCAAAGACGAAACCUGGUCUGCAAUUCGUGUCCCAUCGUCCGAGCUCGCUUCCAUCAUUGCAUGCCUCAUUCGCAAGCAGAUCACCGGUCGGACCGCGAAACUGCUUCUGGUCAUGAAGUUCGACGGGGAGCCGCGCCCUGUGCAGCAAAUCAUCGAAGAUGAAGGCCUCAUAUUGCGACCCCUUUCCCACCAAGAGUACGUAGAGAUGGCCCGGCAACUGCUCGAGGAGAAACCCGACGUAGUGGACGACAUAGUGGCGAAAGGCCAACACAAGAAGAUUAAGUGGUUCGUGGGUCAGAUGAUGAGUCGUGGGGCAGAGGGUACCGUGGAGCCUGGGACUGCGGAACUUGUGUUGAGAGACUUACUCCACCUACCUGCCGAAUGA